CAACAAAAGAAACCCAUAAAGUCUCCAUUUUAUUAUCUCUCUAUAUAUCCAAAAAUUCUUGAAGGUGUUUCUUGAGGCAAAAUUGAGGCUCAUAGAAGAAAAAAGUAAUAAAGAGGGAUUCUAUUCUUUACCGAUAUCAAGAAACGACACCAGUUACCCAAUUUGGAAUGAGCAUGAUUUCAGACGAAAACAAUAAACAUGACAUGGUGUAAUGAUGAAAGCAGUACCCUCCAAAAUCUCUCAACUUCUUCAACAGAAAGAAGCACCAUUCAAUCAAGAAAUCCCAAUAUCAUCACAAGUUCUUGCCCUUCUUGUGGACAUACUAUCCAAUUUCAGGCUAAGGGGCUGAUUCCAGAUUUGCCUGGAUUACCAGCCGGAGUGAAGUUUGACCCGACAGAUCAAGAAAUUAUUGAGCAUUUGAAGGCUAAGGUUGGGUGUGAUACAAAUGAGCUUCACCCCCUUAUUGAUGAAUUCAUUCCAACAAUUGAAGGCGAAACUGGAAUUUGUUAUACUCAUCCUGAGAAAUUACCCGGAGUUAGCAAUGAUGGCCAAAUUCGCCACUUCUUUCAUCGUCCUUCAAAAGCAUACACCACUGGCACACGAAAGAGAAGAAAGGUACAUAUGGACGCUGAAAGGGGCGAAACAAGGUGGCACAAAACAGGCAAGACAAGGCCGGUCUUAAUUUCGGGUUCAGUUGAAGGGUACAAAAAGAUACUUGUGCUUUAUACAAAUUAUGGAAGGCAAAAGAAACCAGAGAAAACGAAUUGGGUGAUGCACCAAUACCACCUUGGUAACAAUGAGGAAGAGAAAGAUGGUGAGAUAGUUCUCUCAAAAGUGUUCUAUCAAACACAACCAAGGAAUUGUGCGUCGAACCUCAAGGAGUCCUCGUUACUUGAUGAAAAAUCUGAAAGAAACCCUAACGUUAGGAACAUGAGCUUCAUUGAAAACUAUAGCAUGUCACCUUUCAUACCAUAUGACAUUAAUGGAAGGCAACUCAGUAGGGAAAUUCCUUCUCACGUCAUCCCUAGUUUUGUUGUACAAGAAGAUACAUCACCUUCUAUUCAUCUACCAACUGGAUCAAACAAAGAAUAAGAGAUUAUAGGUAAAAAAAAAAAAGAUAUAUUGAUUCUUUCGUAGUAUCCAAACAAGUUAACUUUUGAAAGUCGCAUAAGGACCUCAUUUAUUUUUGGGGGUUCAAAUUUCAAGUUCAGAAGAAUGUAUAAAUUUUACUGCAUGAGUUAUAAUAUUGUAGUCAUUUUGAAUUACGAGAGAGACAAUAAUAUGGUUCUUUAAUAAUAGGGU